UAGAGGCGGGGCCGCGCCCCUCACGGCCGCUGUGCUGCCGCCGCCCCGAAAAUGGCGCCGGGGCGGUUCUGGCGCUGCUGCCUACGCGGCGCAGGCUGGGUGCCAGUGCUGUUCAUCACUUUCGUGGUGGCGUGGUCCUACUACGCGUACGUGGUGGAGCUGUGUGUGUUUACUCUUUCUGGAAAUGGAGAAAAUGGAAAGGCCGUUGUUUACCUUGUGGCUUUUCAUCUGUUCAUUGUUAUGUUUGUAUGGUCCUAUUGGAUGACAAUUUUCACCUCUCCCGCUUCCCCCUCCAAAGAGUUCUACUUGUCCAAUUCUGAAAGGGAACAUUAUGAAAAAGAAUUCAGCCAAGAACGACAACAAGAAAUUUUGAGAAGAACAGCGAAGGACUUACCUAUCUACACCACAUCAGGCUCAAGGACCAUCAGAUAUUGUGAAAGAUGUCAGUUGAUUAAACCUGAUCGGGCGCAUCACUGCUCAGCAUGUGACAUAUGUAUUCUUAAGAUGGAUCAUCACUGUCCUUGGGUGAAUAACUGUGUGGGAUUUUCUAAUUACAAAUUCUUCCUGCUGUUUUUAUUGUAUUCCUUAUUAUAUUGCCUGUUCGUGGCUACAACAGUUUUACAGUACUUUAUAAAAUUUUGGACGCUUUGCCGCAGGAAGUCUACACAGAGUUGUCCAAAGAAUGAACUCACAGAUACACGUGCCAAAUUCCACGUACUUUUUCUUUUCUUUGUGUCUACAAUGUUCUUCAUCAGCGUCCUAUCACUUUUCAGCUAUCACUGCUGGCUAGUUGGAAAAAAUAGAACAACAAUAGAAUCAUUUAGUGCACCCACAUUUUCAUAUGGACCUGAUGGAAAUGGUUUCUCUCUUGGAUACAGUAAAAAUUGGAGACAAGUCUUUGGAGAUGAAAAGAAAUACUGGCUACUUCCAAUAUUUUCAAGUUUGGGUGAUGGUUGCAGUUUUCCAACUCGCCUUGUGGGAAUGGAUCCAGAACAAGCUUCUGUUACAAACCAAAAUGAAUAUGCCAGAAGUAUUGGCUCAAAUCAACCCUUUCCUAUCAAACCACUUAGUGAAUCAAAAAACCGAUUGCUGGACAGUGAAUCUCAAUGGACAGAGAAUGGAUCUGAAGAAGGUACUGUCAGAUCAGGUUUAUAAAAACAUGGACUGAUAUUUUCAGUAUUACUUGCAAGAAAAUUAUCAAUGGGAUGAAAUAACUGAAGUAUAACAGAAGAUAUAUUUUUUCAAAAAAGGAAGCCUUUGUACAGAUCCUUGGAUCCACAGAAGCGCUACUGCAGAGCAGGAAGAUGCCUUAAUCUUAAGUCCAGCAUUGACUUAAAGCUGCAAAAGUGACUUGAUUUUACUUUGUAAAUAACACUUAUUGUUAUGAAAUGCUAUAAUAUGUCGGAUCACAUGUUAACAUGGCAUAUGUUUUUUUUUUUUUUGAUACCUGAGUUACAUUAUCAGAAUUGUUUCUUGGUGUCUAUAUGAAUUUUCACUCCAGAAACAGAAGCUAACAAAUUCUCUUAAGUAAAGAACACCUAGGACAGUAUGGUGGCUGAAACUGAUUAAUAAUAUCCAAAUUACUGUUGCUUGUACUAUGUAGGGAAAAGGAAAUGACUGCUUUCUAAAAAUUGGGUGUUUGAUCAUUUAUAAAUACUGUUUUAUACUUUUCAACAUUUUUAAUAAAGAUUUUUUUAUUGUUGGCUAUACAAUAACACUCAGAAGGAUUAAGAUAUCUAAAUAUAAUUAUUUACAACAUGGAGCAUAUUUGUAUAAUUCAUUGAAGGUUUAGUUCUAAGCAUUAAUACAACAAUGUUGUAUAGUAUUGUGCCCAAAGCUUAUAGGAAACUUGGCAUUAUAAAAAAUACUUUUGUUUCUCUCUGAUUUAUAAUUACUUUAAAAAAAAUUAUUAGUAUACAUACAGGAGAACACAAAGGCACUCAGAAAUAUUGGACAACGGCAGGCUCCACAACCUAGGCUCUGACCAGGAAUCAAACCGUGACCUCCUGGUUCAUAGGUUGACACUCAACCACUGAGCCACACCAGUCAGGCAACCUGAGUAGUCAUUUAAAACUUCCAGUCUCUGAAAGAUGGAUUCCACUCAUAAAUCCAAAAUACUAAAUCUGACUGAACAGCAACAUCUUUCUACCUAGACACACACCCUCUUUUCCUUUUGAAAUCCAGUCUAAGGGGCAAGAAAUGUUGCAUCUAUACAAUAUAUAUAAAACCCUAAGUGACCAGUUGCUAUGACUCACACUGACCACCAGGGGGCAGACAUUCAAUGCAGGAGCUGCCCCCUGGUGGUCAGUGUGCUCUCACAGUGGGAGUGCCGCUAAGCUGACUGACAAGCAUCAGAUGGCAGGCUCACAGCAGGUGCAGUGGGGCCAGGAUGAGUGGGAGCAGCGUGAUCCCUGGCCCAGGUUGGGCUCCUCCCCGGGUUCGGCCCAAAACCAGCAGUCCGACAUCCUCCCAGGGGUUGCAGAUUGCCAGCUGGGCACAGGCCAUGUUGAGGGACCCCUCCACCUCUAGUUAAUUAUAAAUAAAAAUUCAAUAUCUUACAAAGGAGAAACAAUGUAAAAAUGUCAAUCCUUAUUUAUACUAGUCAGUCAAAUAUACACACACGAACCAAAAUAAUUGAUUGCUUCCAGUAGUGGAUAGAGAUAAAUGUUUUUUAAAAAUAUUUUUGAAUUGAUUUUAGAGGGAGAAAGAGAUAGAAACAUCAGUGAUGAGAGAGAAUUAUUGAUUGGCUGCCUCCUGCACCCCACACUGGGGAUGGAGCCCACAACCCAGGCAUGUGCCCUGACCGAGAAUCAAACUGUGACCUCCCAGUUCAUAGGUGGACGCUCAAUCACUGAACCAUACCAUCAGAGCUAAAUGUUAACCAGAAUCUAUAAUUAUCUAGGAUUAUAGUUUUCUUAUCUGUAACAUAGGAUUGACAGGACGGGGUGAUACCAAUGACUUGGACUGGAUGACCUCUAACAUUCUUUGAUUUCUGAUUUUGCAAAAUCACCUUACUUUUCAUUCAUCCAACAAAUACUUCUGGAGUACCUUCUAUACAUCAAACAGUAUACUAGGGAUAGCUAUAUACUUUCUUAAUGUCAUAUACAUUUUAUUUUUUCCCCACAUAAGUUUUAUAAUAAACUAUUCCAGGUUUACAAUUUAUAGGAUUUGCCUAAUUCCAUUGACUAAAUAGUAAUACUGGAUUUUAAAAGGAAGUUUCCCCUUUGAACUGAAGGAAUAUGGUAGCUUAAGAAAUAUAAUAUGGGCCUCCUGGUGCUUACCACAGGCUGUGUUCUUACACUGACUGUACAGAAAUAGGAGGUAGAGUAAACUUGCCCCAUAUACACCUCAGCUCAGGCUCUUUGCCUCGUCUGUAUUGUGAAUGGGGAGACAUUGAAAAAAUAUAUAUAUAUAAUAUGGAUUCUUCCACCUUUAUUUCACCUCUGUAGUCUUGAUAAUCUUUAUUCUAAAAAACUUUUAAGUAUGAGAGUUAAAUGAGUGAUACCAGUUACCAACCAAAAUCAUCAUUUUGGCAAUUUCCAUAUGAUAAAUAGUCAAUGUUUUAAACUUAAUACUUUCAGAAAUGAUCUGGCGCUGUUCAUGAGUAUUUCUACAUCUAGAUCAGGAUUGCAUGCACCUGAUUAACAAGUGAGGACACAAUUUACCCCCUUAGUGUAUUCAGGCACUUUUGUGGUGGUGUAAUCUUUCUUUUAAGUUCUGUUAUUCAAUAUCAUCUUUAAUAGUGUAGUAAACACCUUUUCAGAAAUUUUCAAUGAAAGCCUUUUAAUUACCUUUGGUUUAAUUAAUGGCCAACAUUUUACCACAUUCUGAAUAAUAUUUGGCUGAGUUUAUUCAUAAACAUUCACUACUCUUCAGUAAGGUCCCACUGGUGUAAUGUGGGAAUCAGGAACCAGCUGCCUCUUCGGUAUUUCAACUGGUAUUGGUUAGUGCUGUCACUCUUUGGGGAGAAAGGUCAAAAUGAAGCCCUGUGAAAAUUUAUUAGUACUGUCUUUGGUCCUUCAAACACUUGAACAAAUGUGAUGACAUUUAAGGAUAUUAAGUUGAAUUUCAGGUAUUGCCAUUGCCAUUAAAAAAAAAAAAAAAAGUAGACAGGAGACUUGAUUUUACCUGGUACAAACUUCCAUUCAGUCCCUGAGGUAUCUGACCAGUAUCACUUUGCCAAACCAAAGAGUAGCUGCAGCAGAGUAGUUAUUAAUCAGGGACACGUUUACAGAGUUUAGUUUCAUCUUUACAUAUGGCUGAUUUUUUAAAUAUUUUUAUAUAUUUAAUGGUUCUGAUUCAAUGUGUCAUAAGUUAAUUUGACUAAGAUUAGUUUAAAUCAGAUAGGCAAUGUUUAUUUGAAUUUUAUUUCCAAUAGAAUACAGGUUUUUACUUUGUUUACAGAGUGUUUAAAUUCAAGAUUAUCAGACAUGUCAGAUUUCCAUUCAGUAAACUUGAAAGCAAUAAAUGUAUAUUAAGGGCUUGGUGUAUAUUAAGGCAUUUGCAUAGCUUAUGUUUUGUUCUAGGAAUAGCAUUGUUAUCAAUGGAAAAUACUUUUAAUCUGUUACUACGAAAUUAAGUAUAUUUUUGCAUUUCAGCCAAAAUAAAAACCAGAUGUAAUAAUAUGUAAGAUACAGGUAAUAAUAAGUCAACAGGGGUUUUAUAUACUUAGAACUAUGUUUUACAAUUUAAAUUUAAAAUGCAAUAUAGAUUCAGAAAGGUCCAUAUUUUUCUAACAAGUUCACUUUGUAUUAUUUUGUUGGUUUACAUAAGGAAGCAAGGAUUUGUAUUUAUAUUAAAAGCUUGAGAAAGCUAUUAGUCAAGUUUAUUAUAUUUGUACAUGAUUGCAGAUGAGUGCAUGCCCAUUUAAAAGAAAAGAUGGACACUAUUUUAAAGUGAUCUUUAAUGUUUUUAUUUAAACAGAUUUGACAUGCAGUUUAUUUUUGUUGUCUUUACUUACCGAGUCCCUCCCAUAAGUCUUGUAUUUGUUUUUCAUAAAUAUAACCCUGGACCAUGACUUAAUGUUAAUUUUUUUGCUUUGUCUUUUGGAUAGUCUAAUUACAUUAACAUGAAGGCUGAACAUUUUAAACUUUUUUCAAAAAUCAUAACUUACUUUAUUAUAUAAAAAUAAAGUUCUGUGUUAGAACAGUUUGUUGUUGUUAUAAAGUGGUAUUUGCCAAAUGAAAGAAUAACUAUUAUUUUGGUCAUAAAUCUGGUCAAAUAUUGUUUAGUUAGAGAAAGAAAUUUGGCUAAUAAUUUGGAGUAACUACAUCUAAGACAUUUAAUAUUUGAAUGUAACAGUAUUGUAGUUUACCUAAGCCAGAGGUAUAGAUUGCUUUAUUCAAAAAGUUUUUAACUUAGUUUUUACUGAACAUAAUUUUCAAUUCAGAAAUAACUUUUGGAUCAUAAGUACUUGCAAAACACUAGAAGUUGCUGAAUUGUGGUUUUCAAAAUGCUGAAUAAUAAAUUUUAUUUUAUGUAAAA